AUGACAAGAUUGAUCACAGAUCUCGCAGAGCAAAUACCAGGAAUCGGUCAACUCUUCCGAAUCACUUACCGUGAUAGUGCCAACGAACAAACAAAUUGCUACUCGAUUCACACCAGAAUUGGAGAACCAGAUCUCGAUCAUGCCAUUCAAUAUCAUUUGUCAACUACAAGGAACACAUCAUGGCCACAAUUCUUGACUUUCGACAUUCAGAGAGAGUGGCAGAAUGAUUCGAUUCAUCAAGUCAUCUUUGACUUCCCGAAAAAGUUGACACUCCCAACAGUCGAAAGGCAAAGAUAUCAAUUGAUUGCAAUUGUUGCCUAUUGCAAUUUUCAUUACGUGGUCUUUUUGCAAAAAAGUGCAUAUUGGAUCAUGAUCAAUGAUGAAGUCGCAUACUCUGUUCCAUCAACAGAUAUCAAUGCAUUGAAGGGAUGCUCAACUGCUGAGAUGCCACCUUUAUGGUACAAGACUCUCGAACACAAAUGGCUCGCAAAGAUGCUCAUUUAUCGAAUGGUUCAAUGA